GCUGAAGAUGGCGGAGGUUUAACGGAGGCUUAAGAAACUGCUGCACUUAUUGAAAUACAUUGGAACGGUGGCGUGGUGUGUUUGAUGCAGACCGUCCAACGCUCCUUGUUCAACAAGAGCCUUUGAAGAAAGAAAAAAGUCAAGUCACAUUUAGGAUGUGAAGCAAACAGAAGUUCAUGUCACCAUUCUACACAACUGCAGAGGUGCUGAUAUGUGUUGAAGAUGAGCGGCGUGGGAGAGAAUGCUUUGGAGCCCCUGUGCUCAGACCGGAAACGCAAGCUUUCCACAUGUGACACACCAGGACUUGGGUGUGACAAGAAGAGGAGGGAGCAGGAGAGCAAGUACAUUGAGGAGCUGGCUGAGCUGAUCUCGGCCAACCUGAGCGACAUCGACAGCUUCAACGUGAAGCCCGACAAGUGUGCCAUCCUCAAGGAGACCGUGCGACAGAUCCGCCUCAUCAAAGAGCAAGGCAAAAGCUCAUGUGGGGAUGACGACGUUCAGAAGGCGGAUGUAUCAUCCACGGGGCAAGGCGUCAUCGAUAAGGACCAUCUGGGGCCACUGCUCUUACAGGCCCUGGACGGCUUCCUGUUUGUAGUGAACCGCGAGGGCAGCAUCGUGUUUGUGUCGGACAACGUGACCCAGUACCUGCAGUACAAGCAGGAGGAGCUGAUCAACACCAGCGUCUACCACAUUCUGCACGAGGAUGACCGUCAGGAGCUGCACAAGAACCUGCCCAAGGGCAACGGUCCCAGUGGUCCGUCGUGGGGUCCAGGGGAUGCCUCGCGGCAAAAGAGCCACACGUUUAACUGUCGCAUGCUGGUGAAGUUUGGCCAGGGCUCGUCUGAGGAGGGCAGCGGAGGCCAGCGCUAUGAGACCAUGCAGUGCUUCGCCCUCACACAGCCCCGAGCCAUGAUGGAGGAAGGGGAAGACCUGCAGUCGUGUAUGAUCUGUGUUGCUCGACGGGUCACCGCAGUGGAGUGUACAGAGCGCUUCAUCACUCGUCACGAGCUGUCAGGUAAGCUGGUGGAGAUUGUGGACCAGGCUUCCCUCCACUCCACCAUGCGUCCAGGCUGGGAGGACCUGGUGCGGCGCUGCAUGCAGAUGUUCCUGCACCGCAGCGAGGGCCAGCCGUGGUCGUACAAGCGCCACUACCAGGAAGCCUUCCUCCAAGGCCGGGCCGAGACCCCUCCGUACCACUUCUCGCUCUCGGACGGCACGCCCGUCACCGCUCAGACCCGGAGCGAGCUCUGCCGGAACCACGGCACCAGCGAGCAGCCCACCUUCCUCUCCACGCACCUGUUGCAGAGGGAGCAGAAUGGGUAUCGGCCCAACCAAGGAGGGGUGAUGCGGCCGCAGGGCAUGGGUAAUGCCCACCCGAAUGCCCAGAUGAACAUGAUGCCCAAUGGGGCGAUGGGUAUGGGUCCCCAAAGAGGCUAUGGGAUGAAUGAGCAGAGGCACAUGGGACCCAGGGGUGGCCCCAUGUACGCCAACCGGAUGAGCCAGAUGAAUUCAAUGGGCCAGAUGAACCAGAUGAAUCAAAUGAAUCAGAUGAACCAGAUGAAUCAAAUGAACCAGAUGAAUCAAAUGAAUCAGGUGGGACAGAUGAAUUCUAUGAACCCCAUGGGCCAGAUGAAUCAGAUGAAUCAGAUGAACCAGAUGAACCCAAUGGGUCAGAUGAAUUCAGGGGGUCAGAUGAACCAAAUGAAUCACCCGAAUCACCCGAGUCACCCGAAUCACCCGAAUCAUCCGAAUCACCCGAAUCAUCCGAAUCAUCCGAAUCACCCGAAUCACCCGGGCAUGCAGCAGCCUCCGUUCCAUUAUGGGAUGGGCAUGACGAGCCCUUUGCAUGGCAGCCCUGGCAUGAAUGCUGCUCAGCAGAACAUCAUGGGCUCCCCACGGGUCCGGGGCAGUCCCAAGAUGGGCUCCAGUCCUUUCUCACCUGGAGGACUGCACUCUCCGAUGGGGUCGGUGGGCGGUGGCUCCGGCGGAGGCUCUGGGGGCGGCAGCUUCUCCAGCAGCUCUCUGAACGCCCUGCAGGCCAUCAGCGAGGGCGUGGGCUCCUCCUCCAUGCCCUCCACGCUCUCCUCGCCGGCCCACAAGCCCGACUCGUCCCCCAGCAUGAGCAACCCUGGUGGCCCCCACGGACCCCACGGACCUCACGGCCCCCACGGGCCCCACGGUCCACACGGCCACCCCCACGGCCAGAACCCCAACAGCCAGAACCCCAACCAGAACGGGCCCGGCAAGCCGGCGCCGCCACACUCCGACUCGAAGAGCCCGGCGGCGGCUGCGCACUCUGGCAACGCGUCCGAGCAGCCGGCGCACCAGCACACUUCGCCACCAGAGGGCACCGUGAAGGCCGAGGGUCAGCAGUCCUGCAAAGAGAGCUGCGCUGGUGGUGGAGGAGGAGGAGGAGGAGGAGGAGGAGCAGAGCCCAACCGCAGAGUCCCUGACAAGGCAAACCACAAGAAGCUCCUCCAGCUCCUCACCUCCCCUGCUGACGACCUGAGUUUGGGAGGUGGAGGAGGAGGAGGUGGAGGAGGAGGAGGUGGUGGUGGAAUGAGUGGCCCAGGGGGUCCUGGAGGCCCUGCCCAGUCCUCUCAGUCUGGCCGAGCGUCCACACCCAUGGGUAUGGACGCCAAGGAGCCGGCGGGCAUGACCAGCCCGACUUCGACUGGCGUCUCUUCCUCCUCGUCAUCGGCGGCGGCGACGUCCACCGCCGCUGGCGCCAUGCAGUGCCCUCACCAGGGCUCCGGGGGCGUCUCGUCCACGGCGGGCCUGGGCGGCCCCGGCCACCACUCCACCCACUCCCUGCAGGAGAAGCACCGCAUCCUCCACAAGCUGCUGCAGAACGGCAACACCCCGGACGACGUGGCCCGCAUCACGGCCGAGGCCACCGGGAAGGUCCCUCUGGAGGCUGCCGCGGCGGCGGCUGCAGCAGCAGCAGCGGCGGCGGCAGCUGAGGCCCAGAGAGGAGGUGGAGGAGGAGGAGGAGCGGCCGGAGGAGCAGAGGUGAAGCAGGAGCAGCACAGCCCCAAGAAGGAGAAGACCCACGCGCUCCUCCACUACCUCCUCAACAAGGACGACUCCAAAGAGAGGCCAGGGGCCGCCGACAGCAAGCCCAAGCCAGAGGAGCUGGAGGGUGGAGGGGGCGCAGGAGCAGGAGCAGGAUCAGGACCUGGAGCUGGCAUCUCCACCAACACUACAGGCAUGGAGGGCAAAGUCAAGCUGGAACAACCAGAUGAGAUGGACAGCCUGGAGUCUAUCCUUGGAGGCUUCCGGAACUCUGCUGGAGCGAUGUUCAGGGAUCAUGGACCAGAGGGAGCCAACAAGCAGGGCAACGGACCUAACAACAGUGCCCAUGACAGGGACGGCGUGUGUGGGGUACCAGCGCAGCGCACCUUCCACAGGACGAUGUCCGUGGACAGCAAGCCCCCAGUCGGCAUCGGGGGAACCGGCCGCAGGAGCGCCCCCUGUCCUGGCCUGAUCAAGCAGGAGAGUGCAGACAGUGCACUGAGCAUGGGUGGCAUGAACAGAGGCAUGGGAAUGCCCCAGCAGCAGCCCAACAUGAUGGGCCCAGGCGACUGGGGCAUGCAGAGGUCGAGUGCCAGUCCCAUAGGCCCAGCAGGGCAUCCAAGCAUGGGGCACCACCCUAAAGGGAUGAUGGGAGGACCCAUGGUGAACCGAUCCAACAGCCUGCCUGCCCCCCGCUCCAUACUACAACAGCAGCUCAUGGAAAUGGGUCCUAAUGAAGUCCACAUGGGCAUGAGCACCUUCAGAGGACAGGGUCAUCCGUCCCAGUCGCCCUCCUGGCCUGAGAGAGGCAUGGGCAUGGACAGACCACCGGCCAAUAGCAGGCAACAGUUUGGUAAUCCCCUGGACGAGCUGCUGGUCCCCCCUUCCACCAGCCAGGGUCAGAACGACGAGCGCGCCCUCCUGGACCAGCUUGACUCGUUGCUCAAAAACACCGAUGUCAUCGCACUCGAGGAGAUCGACCGCGCGCUAGGCAUCCCCGACCUCGUCAGCCAGGGUCACGGAGAUCAGCAGCAGCCCCAGCAGCGCCAGCCCCACCCGUCACACCCGUCCCACCCGUCCCACCCGUCCCACUCGGCCCAUCCGCCCGAGUCCUUCUCCGGCCCAGAGCCCCCCAUGGGGAUGGAGGCCAAGCCCAUGUACAGCCAGGGCUACCCGGGGCCUCCCUCCGGCGGCAUGGGGCCCAUGCAGGCCGGCUACGGGCCCGGCGGUGGCCCCAGUGGUCCUGGCGGUCCCGGUGGUCCCAUGCCAGGCCAGUCUGGCGCGGGCUUCAACCCCAUGAUGAACCAGAUGGGCCAGCAGGGAGGCUUCCCUGGCAUGGGCCCUGGCAUGGGCCCGCGCGCCAACAUGAUGCACCCGCGCAUGAUGAGCGCCACCAAGCCGCUCCGCAUGCAGCUGCAGCAGAGGCUACAGGGACAGCAGUUCAUGAACCAGAGCAGACAGGCCAUGGCCAUGAAGAUGGAGGGAGGCCCUGGGGCCAACCCCGCGCUGAGGCCGGGCAUGCAGCCAGCAAUGGGAGGACAGCCUGGCUUCCUGAACGCUCAGAUGAUGGCCCAGCGCAAUCGGGAGAUGGUCACUCUCCAGAUGCGCAGGCAGAGGAUGAUGAUGAUCAUGCAGCAACAGCAGCAACAGCAGCAGCAGCAGCAGCAACAGCAGCAGGGAGGACCGGCCGCAGGCUUCAGCCCGCCGCCCAACGUCACUGCCCCCGCCGGCAUGGACAACCCCAUGGCUGGCCCCCCCAUGAGCCAGCCUGGCCAGCAGCCCUUCCCCUACGGAGGGAACUACGGAAUGAACCAGCAGGGUGACCCCUCGUUUGCAGGCACUGCUGGCAGCUCUCCCAACGCUAUGAUGUCAGCACGCAUGGGAGGACCUCAGAAUCCCAUGAUGCAACAGCACCCACAGGGCGGCAUGUACCAGUCAGCUGACAUGAAGGGCUGGGGACAGGGAGGCAUGCCCAUGAACAACUCAUACCCUCAACAGCAGCAGUUCCAGCAGCCCGACACCGGGGGGCAGUACGGAGGCAUGAUGAUGAACGGAGCCAUGCAGGGCCAAGCCAGCGGAGCAGGCGGCCCGCCGCAGAUGGGCCCGAUGGGUCAGAUGCCGGGCCAGAUGGGGAUGAACUCCAUGGGCAUGGGACGCAUGCCUAUGGGCCCUGACCAGAAAUAUUGCUGAAGUUGUGAUGGCCAGCAGCAGGGCGCCUCCACCACCCCCCCCCCCCCCCCCCCCCACCGUCACGCCAGGCCAGGCCUGGGCAGAGGGGCAGUGCCCAUCCCCUCUGAAGGCCACCGCUGCCUCGUGGGCCAAGCUCUGGGUCUGUCUCAUGACCAGCCUUUCGAGGGAAGCCUCCGCAACUCUUUUCAUCACAGUUCUAUGUGAGAAACAGUACCAUGAACACACGCGUGCCCGCGCGCACAUGCACACACACACAUGCAUGUGUUUGUGUGGGUAAGGGGGGUGUGUGUGUGUGUGCUUUACUCAUGGGCAGGAGUGUUUCCCCAAUCAGAGGACUGCUGGACUCCGAUGUGCUGCAAAAGCUCACAGAUUGACAUGCAGUGUUCUGUAAAGUGACUGCGGGGUGGUGGUCAUCUUUCGCUCUGGAUGGGGCAUGGGUCAUGGGGCAUGGGGCAUGGUACAACUGGCUAUGGUUGCACUUUAUCGGACAUUUACCGCAAGGCUGGUUUGUAAAAGAAUUGUUGCAAUAUUUCUUAGUCCUUGUUUUUUUUUUUCCUAGCCUUACAGGACGAUUUGGUGUGUGUGUAGCACCAGGUUUUUAAGACAUACAUCUCUCACUCUCCAGCUCUCUCUCUCUUUCUCUUUCUCUUUCUCUUUCUCUUUCUCUUUCUCUUUCUCUUUCUCUUUCUCUUUCUCUCUGUUGAGCCUCAUUUUAAAUGAACCAUUGGGAGCUGUAAGCACAGGUAACUCAAUAUUAUGCAGAUGCAAGCAAUAAAAAUCCUGUCUCUGAGUUUCUGACUGAAACUGUAAGCGAAGCAUCAUGGACUCAAGGCAGAAAGGUACUGCAGUAUUAGACAUCAAAUGUUUGUCAUCUCUCUCCUCCUAAGUAAGAAUUGUAAAUAUGCUACAAAUGUAUCAUACACAAUGUUAUUAUUUUGUUCUCUCUUUUCUUUUUCAGAUUUUUUUUUCACAGAUUAUAGGGCUCUUUCAAAACCUCUCCCUCCACCCUGUUUUUUUAGGCCGAUGCUGUAUUGAUUUGGAGUUCUAUUUUCAUUCUUAUUUGGAAGGGGGGAGGGGUCAAAUGCUGUCUUCUCCCACUAUAUGCUCAUUCUCAUUGUGGUCACAGCCAUGUGUUUUUUAGAUAAGGCACUUUUCUUUCAUGUACAUUUAAGUGUGUUCACUCUUCCUACACUGAGGAUAGCUAUAUGACGACCUCAUGUUAAGGAGAUUUUUUAAGAUGGGGAACUCUUGGGAGAGAUCUGAUGGAGGCCAGUUUCCCACUAUAUGAAAGGGGUGUGUGUGUGUGUGUGUGUGUGUGUGUGUGUGUGUGUGUGUGUGUGUGUGUGUGUGUGUGUGUGUGUGUGUGUGUGUGUGUGUGUGUGUGUGUGUGUGUGUGUGUGUGUGUGUGUGUGUGUGUGUGUGUGUGUGUGUGUGUGUGUGUGUGUGUGUGUGUGUGUGUGUGUGUGUGUGUGUGUGUGUGUGUGUGUGUGUGUGUGUGUGUGUGUGUGUGAUCUCUAUGGUGCUGCAGGUUUGUGUAGCUUCUGGGACAACACCCAUGCUUUGAGUUGUCAGCCAGUUUUGGUCGCUCUGGUCAUGGUUCUGAUAAACGUCUACUUGUGAACUCAUACAUGUCUGUGGCUCCAGACCCCCUUACUCCUCCUCCUCCUCCUCCUCCUCCUCCUCCUCCUUACCAGCCCUCAUAGGACCACCACAGUGCUAGAUGGACACAAGGCCAGACACAGUCUUCGUCUCUCUCUCUCUCCCUCCCUCUCUCUGUGUCUCUCUCUCUCUCUCUCUCUCUCUCUCUCUCUCUCUCUUUCUCUUUCUCUGCAGUUCAGAGCCAUUUAUGUGUUUAUGUGGUCAACUGGGAAGUUGCAUUUUCUUUCAGUUACAGUACCAAUAUAACCAAUACAGAAGACUACCCCAUAUAAGCUGAAAGAUUGAGAUUUUUUCUGACUCUUUUUUUCCCCCCGUCACACACACCAUCAUCCUCAUUCUCCGUAGCUCUUCCUCAAAAACUGAAAUAUAGCUGUAUAUUUUUUCUUUUCUUUCUUUCUUUUUUUUUGCUGAUGAGUCUUUGUAAGAAAUCUACCUGCAAGAAAACCAUGCGCAAUCCAAAGAUAUUUUUUCAAUGCUUUGAAAAACUUAUGACAUUGACUGUAAUUUGUACCUAGGUGCUUGUGUGUAUGAGUGUUUGGGUACUCAUCAGAUGAAUAUAUUGCUUUCAUUUUAUGAUUUUGUACCAUAUAUGGUUUGUAUACACUUGUGUAUCUGUGUGGCCAGUGGCUCAUCUAUGAGCAGAGUGUGGUUGGAAUGGGACAUCUUAAAAUGGUAAACGCUGAGAUUUUGAACCAUUUUACAAGCUCAGCAGAGCAUGAGGAGAGAGUUGGGGGUGAAAACUCUUCAAACAUAUCAGUUAUUUUACUCAGAUCUUUUUGUUUUACUUCUUUUCUUCUAUCAGGAAACAUUGUUUUGUGUCUUUAUCUUAAUGGCUUGAAUGAGUAUGAUGAAGUAUAUUUUACAAUGAGGAAUCUGGAUCACACACUUUCUCUACCGUUUUUACCGUCAUUCUGGAAAGGAAGUGUUCAUUAACUUAAGUAGAUAUGAUGAGAAAAUAUGCUGUCAUUUUACAUGAUAUGAAUUACAAUGCCCUUUUUUCUGUCUCUUGAUGUUCAUAUUGAUGUAAAUACAAAUUUCUAUUUAAG